AUGCAACAAUCGCACGUGCCUAAACGUAUAGUGGACCUGUUCAGGUACUGGUACGGGAACCAAACUAACUGUGUGAGAUGGGGCGACGCGCACUCUAGUGCCUAUAGACUAAAGUGCGGCGUUCGUCAAGGUGGACUUACCUCGCCGGACCUGUUUAACUUAUUCGUAAAUGACCUGAUUGAGGAGCUGAGAGGCACCGGACUCGGUUGUCAUGUGCAGGGUGUUUGUUUCAACAACCUCAGCUAUGCCGACGACAUGGUGCUUCUCAGCCCCUCAAUAGGUGGCCUGCGUAAACUUCUUGCCGUCUGUGAAAGGUUCGCCUCCACACACGGCAUGAAAUACAAUGUGAAAAAAUCAGAAUUAAUGAUUUUUCGCGCUGGCAAGGGUCCGGAGAGGGUCCCGCCGGUGUAUUUGAAUGGCUCGCCGGUUCAGGUUGUGAAGCAGUUUCGCUAUCUGGGUCACGUCCUCACCGAGCACCUGGACGACGACGCCGACAUGGAGCGGGAGCGCCGGGCGCUGGCCGUGCGCUGCAACAUGUUGGCGCGCAGGUUCGCGAAGUGCUCGAGGGAUGUCAAGGUGACUCUCUUUAAAGCAUUUUGUNGGUUCCCCUACAUGUUUUUACACCUGUCAGCUGUGGCGCAAGUACAAGAGAAAGUCCUACGGCACCCUUUGGGUACAGUACAAUAA